AUGACUGCCUAUGAUCGUAUACAAGCUGCUGCUUAUCGUUCUGUCUUGCGUCUUAACCAGAUCCAGUCACUCACCACCACCUUUUCAUCCUCAGAACAAGAUAUCUCUUCUAGAAUAGUCCCUGAAAAUGGUGAGUACAUAGUGACUUUCUCUGUGGGCACUCCCCCUACCCAAGUACAUGCCUUCAUGGACACUGGAAGUGAGGUCAUUUGGGUCAAAUGCUCACAAAGAUCCCCUGUCUUCAACCCUGCAAAAUCCUCCUCUUAUGGUCACCAUCCGUGUGAUUCCCUUGCCUGUGAGGCUUUAGGGGUACGCAGGAGAGAUCCGUGUGAUUCCCUUGCAUGUGAGGCUUUAGGGGUACGCAGGAGAACCUGCGCAGAGUUUCUUGACCCUUGCUACUAUAGGGUAAGAUAUGGAGAUGGUUCUACAACAGAGGGAACUCUGUCCCAUGACAAGUUUGCAUUUGAAGACCCUGAGAGGAACCUUGUGGAUGUUGGUCACUUGGAUUUUGGUUGUUCUGACUACUCUUCAUGGCAUUUUGUUGGGAAUGAAGCAGGUGCUCUCGGCUUGAGCCGGCAGCCCCUGUCCUUAAUUUCUCAACUAGGCAUAAAAAAGUUCUCAUACUGCAUGGUGCUCCCGAACAACGAGGGAUCGGGAAGCAGGAUGUAUUUUGGAUCAGAGGCAGUGAUCUCUGGUGGGCAAACUCCAUUUCUGGAGGGAGAGGAUCGGUAUUACUAUGUCACUCUUAUUGGAAUUCGCAUUGGUGACCAAAAUGUACCUCUCCCUGAUGGGAUUUUUAACAUGACAAGUGAUGGGGAAGGAGGGUUUAUGAUUGAUUCAGGCACAACUUACACAUUUCUUAGAUCAGAAGCAUAUGAUGCAUUGAUCAAGGCACUAAGCGAAGCCAUAGAUUUUCCACAAAGGAGAGGACCAAGCGAAUGGUUUGAGUUGUGUUUUGAAGGAAGUUUUGAGGACUUGGAAUCUGCAGCACCUGAUGUGACAUUCAUUUUUGAUGGUGCAGAAGUCAUUCUAAUGAAACAAACUACUUACAUUGAAGCAAAGAAGGGGCUUUGGUGCCUUGCCAUGUUGAGGUCCAAUGAAAAGUUGUCCAUAUUUGGAAAUGUCCAGCAACAGAACUAUUUUGUUGGUUUUGACCUUGAAGAACAAGUGGUUUCUUUUGCUCCAGUUGACGACUGUGCUACCUUCUAG